AUGAAAGUCGAAAAGUCCAUAUCUGAAGAGGGAAGAUUUGGGCAGCAUGUGAUCUGGGACCGUGUACUCAGACAACUCAUGUGCUGUUUUCGUCGUCUUAUUGAAUACAUCCAGCUCCCAGAUCUGGAUCCUCCACCCAAUAUCAGUGUGGAGGCAGUGAACUGCACAGCAAUCAGAGUCCAGUGGAAAGUGCCUAAGCAUCCCAAGUACUUCAUUAAAGCAUUCAAGGUAUUUUACUUUGAGCUCACUGGUCACCCGAAGAGACCCUUCCUGGAGAAGUUUCUUCAUGUACCAGUCACUGAACAGACAAUGAUCAUGGAGGAAGUGGUUGGUGAUUUGAUCCCAGGCUCAAAAUAUUUAGUGACCGUAGCAGCCGAAAGCCUGUUGGGAUCAGGGCCGCAGAGUACUCCUCAAUCUGUUGUCACUUUGCUACAAGAUUCAUGCAUGACUCCGGAAGCACCCCAAAAGCCACAAAUCAUGGUGGUCUCAGAUUCUGAAGUGGCUCUAGCUUGGAAACCUGGAGAGAAGAAAGAAAAUGCCUCUAUCCAGUACUAUCUUGUGGAAUUCAUCAGACCAGAUAUCGACCACAGUUGGACCAUAAUCCAAGACCAGAUCAGCAUGGAAUCCAUGGUUAUCAAGGGCCUUGAUCAAGAUACCAACUAUCAGUUUUCUGUGAGGGCUGUCAAUUCCUAUGGCUCAAGCUCCCGAAGCCUGCCCAGUGACCUUGCCCGAACCUUCGGCAAUGAGGAAUCAGGAAGUGGAAAUUUUAUGACCAGCACUGGUGUCGGUGAAGAUGAUGAAAGAUUUGAUGAUGACUUUGAAGCGGGUCUUUUUUUUAAUGAGGUCAAACCAUCUCUUUCUAUCCUUGGAGAAAAUAAGAAAAUUUUGAUGGAAUCUCAGAUGGUGCCUAAAGCCAGCCCACAGAGGUUUUAUAAAUUAUUUAUACCUCCCGCUGAAUCUCCUCAUUCUGCUAUGGGGGGUCCCAAGCCCACUGCAGCAGCAUUGAGAAGACUGGAUUCUAUCAAUCUGGAACCACAGCGUUCUGACAUAGUUUGCGAUCCUCAGUGCUCUACUGGCAGCUUUUGUGCUGAAGACUUCACCUCAAGGACUGGCAGAUGCCAAUGCUAUCUGGGAAAAGGUGGAAAAGAUUGCUCAGAAGAUAUUACUAUACAGUAUCCUCGUUUCUAUGGUUACUCCUAUUUAGCCUUUAGCUCUCUGAAGAACUCCCACAAGUCAUUUCAAAUUACUCUUCAAUUUAAGGCAGAUUUUCACAAUAAUGGCUUACUGCUAUACUGUGGACACAAUGAGCAGGGGAAAGGUGAUUUCAUGUCCCUGGUGUUGAACGAAGGAACACUCAAUUUCAGAUUCAACUGUGGUUCUGGGGUUACCUCUCUCAUCAGUGAAACCGUGGUCCAAAUUGGGGUCUGGCACACAGUCAUGAUCUCCAAAAAUGGGCGUACUGGGAUGCUGAAGCUGGAUAAUGGAACUGCUUUGAUAAGUGAUGCACCGGGUACCUAUGAUAGAAUUACCUUCCGGACACCUCUUUAUGUUGGUGGGAUCCCCACUGCUCACUGGAUAUCCCCAGAAAUAGGAUCACAAGAAAGCUUUCAAGGAUGUGUGCAGUCACUUUCCAUUAAUGGAAAAAUAAUCGACCUGAGGCCCCAGCCGUUGGGGAGUGCUCUCCAUGGGGCUGAUGUGGGGGAAUGCAGCCAAGGGACCUGCGACAGAAUCUACUGUGUCAAUGGCGGCAUCUGCACACCGUCCGGUGCCGACUCCUACCUUUGCCUCUGUCCCCUGGGAUUUAGAGGUCGACAUUGUGAAGAAGAAUUCACUUUGAUCAUUCCUCAAUUUAGUGAGUCGCUAAGAUCCUUCGCAGCAAUGCCCUGGCCACUGGAGCCCAAGCAUUACCUUUCCUACAUGGAUUUCGAGAUCACAUUUCGGCCAGAGUCAAGAAACGGUGUCCUGCUUUACAGCCAUGACAUGAGCAGCAGAGAUUUCGUGUCCGUCACGAUGGCAGGCGGCCACGUGGAGUUCCGCUUCAACUGCGGUUCCGGCACUGCCAUUCUCAGGAGUGAAGAACCCCUCACCUUGAACCAAUGGCAUGAGCUGCAUGUGUCUCGCACAGCAAGGAAAGGCACUUUAGAAGUGGACAAGCAGAAGAAAGUGGAACGGUUGGCAGUGGGAGGUUUCACACAGAUUAAAUGCAGCUCUGACAUUUUUAUCGGUGGAGUUCCUAACUAUGACGAGGUGAAGAACAACUCAGGUGUCUUCAAGCCAUUCACGGGAGGUAUUCAAAAGCUCAUCCUCAAUGACAGAGCCAUCAACCUGCAGUCAGACCUGACAGAGGUUGUGAACUUGGAUAAUGCAGCGCAUUCCUGCAUUUUGAAUCCUUGCUACAACUUGGCCAGCUGCCAGCCCAGGAAGGAGAGAUAUGACUGUGAUUGCCCCUUGGGCUUUGUGGGGCGACACUGUCAGAAAGAGAACUCCAUCACCUUUGUUAAUCACAAAAUGACCGAAGCUCCAGAACUUGAAAAAGAGGCAGGAGAGGAGUGUGGGAACUACUGCCUCAACAGUAAGUACAGUAAGUCCUGCGAGAAGCAGAGGGAGUGCUCUGGGUGGCAGCCAGGGCGGGCUCUGGCCAGCCUCUCAGGCCAAGUGCCUGUCUGCCAGGCACAGGCAGAGGGUAACCUGGCCAUCACCAAACUUAUUGAGAUUCCACAGUUCAUUGGCCGCAGUUACCUGACUUAUAACAACCCAGAUAUCCUCAAGAGGUAA